AUGAACCCCAGUUCUAGGUUUUUGUCGGAAGAGGCCACGAUGCUGAGGUACCUGGUGGGUGCCCUCUUUCCAGCCCUGAUCCUGGCUGCACCGCCUCCCAUUAACAAGCUAGCCCUGUUCCCGGAUAAGAGUGCCUGGUGCGAGGCGAAAAACAUUACCCAGAUUGUCGGCCACAGUGGGUGUGAGUCGAAAUCCAUCCAGAACAGGGCGUGCCUGGGGCAGUGUUUCAGCUACAGCGUCCCCAACACCUUUCCGCAAUCCACGGAGUCUUUGGUGCACUGCGAUUCCUGCAUGCCAGCCCAGUCCCUGUGGGAAGUUGUGACGCUGGACUGCCCCGGCAACGAGGAGAUCCCUCGCGUGGACAAGCUGGUGGAGAAGAUCCUGGUGUGCAGUUGCCAGGCCUGCGGGAAGGAGCAGAGCCAGGAGGGGGCGCUCUUCAACGUCUACCUGAACCCCAACGAGCACCUGCCGGCCGAGGGGCCCAAUCCUCACCCCUACGGCCAGGAGCUUUCCAACCACCACCACCGCCAACAUGAAGAGGAGAACUGA